UCGGGCACGGCGGAGGGUUUCCGCGGGGAGAGGGAAGGCGGAGGUGGUCUGGGGCCAGGGGUGGGGAGGAAUGAUCUAAGUUCCCCCCUCCCCCUCCCCCCCCGCCCCCGCCCCGCCGCUUAUCGACGGAUAAAACCGGCGGCGGAAAUUUGCAGGAAGAGUUAGGGUUUGUGUGUGGCGGGUGGGGAAUUCCCGAGGGGUGUCGACUGCUCGAUGGAAACCCCCGCGCUGGCUGCCCUUGCGGCGGUAAGCGGCGGGCUCUAGGGCGGCUGCGGUGUGCCGGGUCUGGGUCCCCGAGCGCCGCCAGCCCCGGGAAGUUUCAAACGCUGCCGGGACGGGGGAGACGCGCCACUGGGUCGGGGCCGCGGCUGAGUGCGAGAGUCCUGCGAGCCGGGGAGGAAGGCCUGCAGCGGCUCUGCGGUCGCCCCCGAGGCCUGGGGCCUGGACUGGACGCUUCUUCAGAUACACAACCAAGAUACCCGAUUGACUUGUGCAAGAUCAGACUGAUUGGUUCAAGAUGUGGCCAAAAAGCAGUCCAAAGAGCACGAGGACUUUUCUGGGAAGAGUUGCAAAGGCUCUCUCUCCACUGGUGUCACUAAACUGGUCUGGAGGCUAAAAGCCCAAGAUCAAGAUGUCGGCAAGGCCAUAUACUUCCUCUGAAGGAGCCAAGGAAGGAUCUGUUCCAGGCCUUUCUCCCAGCUUCUGGUAGUUCCUUAGCUUUUGGCAGGUUCUUUAGGGUGAACAGCUUAUCCAGGACCUUUGUUAUCCCAUCUGGAGAGAGUAAUUAAGACCUCAGACACCCUCCAUAGCUGAAGAAACAUGGUUUCCAGGGACAUCAAUUCAAAUGAAAAAUCUAGGACAACCCCUCUCCUACUCCCACUUUCUCAGAAGCAAAAUAGAGACCUGGGGACCUCGUCUGUACAGUAGCCACUGCCCGGUCCACCAGGCUUGCUCCUGCCCUAGGACCAUUGCGUUCGCUGGUUCCUCUGCCUGGAAUUCCCUUGCUCAGAUCUCCACAUGGGUAACUGUGAUCAACCAUCUUAAUGCCAAGUUCACCUUCUCAGGAGGACUUUCUGGCCCACGAUAUCUAAGACAUUUCUCAAGCACCUUCUGUGUGCUGAUGGAGUGUGAAACAGACAAGAUUUCUGCCUUCACAGAACUUAAAUUGCACGCUCUGACAUCCGAGCUUCGUUCUUCCCUCUGGCUGGAGCACAUUUACCCCAGAGAGCUGUGUGGGCCACUCCAACUCCUCCAGGUCUUUGCUCACAGGUCACCUUCCUGGUGGAACAACUCCUACAGAACACCUACUGAACGCUGGCAGAAGACCUCAGACCUCCCAAAAGGCAAGAAACUCCCCACGUACCUGGGUAGGGCAAAAGAAAAAAGAAAAAACAGAGACAAAACAAUAGGGACGGGACCUGCACCGGUGGGAGAGAGCCAUGAAAGAGGAAAGGUUUCCACACACUAGGAGCCCCUUCACGGGCAGAGAUUGUGGGUGGCGGAGGGGGGAAGCUUCGGAGUAGCGGAGGAGAGUGCAGCCACAGGGGUGUGGAGGGCAAAGCGGAGAGAUUCCUGCACAGAGGAUCAGUGCUGACCAGCACUCACCAGCCCGAGAAGCUUGUCUGCUCACCCACCGGGGUGGGAGGGGCUGGGAGCUGAGGCUCGGGCUUCGGUCGGAUCCCAGGGAGAGGACGGGUUGGCGGCGUGAACACAGCCUGAAGGGGGCUAGUGCACCACGGCUGGCUGGGAGGGAGUCCGGGAAAAAGUCUGGAGCUGCCGAGGAGGCAAGAGACUUUUUCUUGCCUCUUUGUUUCUUGGUGCGCGAGGAGAGGGGAUUAAGUGCGCUGCUUAAAGGAGCUCCAGAGACAGGCGCAAGCCGUGGCUAAAAGCGCGGACCCCAGAGACGGGCAUAAGACGCUAAGGCUGCUACUGCCGCCACCAAGAAGCCUGUGUGCGAGCACAGGUCACUCUCCGUCCCUCCCAGGGAGCCUGUGCAGCCCGCCACUGCCAGGGACCCGGGAUCCAGGGACAACUUACCCAGGAGAACGCAUGGCGCAACUCAGGCUGGUGGAACGUCAUGCUGGCCUCUGCCGCCGCAGGCUCGCCCCGCACUCCGUACCCCUCCCUCCCCCCGGCCUGAGUGAGCCAGAGCCCCCGAAAGAGCUGCUCCUUUAACCCCGUCCUGUCUGAGCGAAGAACAGACGCCCUCUGGCGACCUACACACACAGGCAAGACCAAAUCCAAAGCUGAACGCCAGGAGCUGUGCGAACAAAGAAUAAAAAGGGAGAAUUCUCCCAGCAGCCUCAGGAGCAGCAGAUUAAAUCUCCACAAUCAACGUGAUGUACCCAGCAUCUCUGGAAUACCAGAAGAGACAACGAAUCAUCCCAAAAUUGAGGCAGUAGACUUUGGGAGCAGCUGUAGACUUGGGGUUUGAUUAAUGCAAAUAAUUUAUUUCUGGUUUAUAUGUAUCUUAGUUUAGUAUUUAGAGUUUCUUAUCAUUGGUAGAUAUGUUUAUUGAU